UGUUCGUGAAAUACUUUAUUGGACGGAUAAAUAAUUUUAACCAAGGAUUGAAAAAUCGGCCCUUAAAUUUGUAAAUAUAUAAAUAAAUUCGUAUUCUACAAGUUUGGCUUUUUAAUUAUGAGAUUACAUUUUAUUGGUCAUGUACAUUAAACAUGAAGGUCGUGAUCAAAUAAUUGUAAUUGCAACAUCAAAGUACAGUAAAUCGUAAUAACCACUUUAAUCGCAUGUUUAACCUUGGUCGUGUACAAAUGAUUAUAUCUAAUGCAAUUAUCUUAUUAAUUAUUAAAAGCAAUUGCACAAUAAGUGUAGCGUGAACUUCACAAAUUAGAUCAUACUGUAUUGCAUUUAUAUUUUUCAGUUUAAUACUAAUAAUGUCUGUAUCGUGUAAGCAUCAUGUCAAAGAAUAUUGUAGGGUUUGUACCUUCGCUGGAUUUCAUAUAAUUGCUGAUGAAACUAAACAUUGGGUGGAAAGAUUGUUCUGGGUUUUGCUAGUCAUUCUGUCAUGGUAUGGUUCCGCUCUUCUGAUCGGCUCAGCGUGGGAUGCCUUCGUAAACAAUCCCAUAAGCUUCGGAGUUGAAACUACGUAUACGGACUGGGACACAAAGCUACCAGCUGUUGCGGUCUGUGAACUAGACAAUGAUGAUAAGAUCUUUAACGUUUCUGAUACAAUCUGGACACCAGACCAUUUGAUAGACCUAGAAGACGCACUACGCGACAUAGCAUACUUUCGUGGUUUUGCCUACAGGCUGGUUGAUGUAUGUUACGCUACCAAAAACCCAGAUCCUCAAUGUCCAACAUCUAACUAUUCUUAUUACGCAGAUCUCGUUAGAAGUCCAUGUUCCCAAUUAUUACAGAAUUGUUCAUAUAAUGGAAACGCAUUUGAUUGCUGCGAGUACUUUCUUCCCUUGCAAACGGAUAUCGGAAUGUGUUACACGAUCAACUCUAUUCAAGUGGAAAAUCCUAAAAUUUAUCCCAUGGUUAGUAAUAAACAGCACAAACAAGGAGUUUUAAGCUUCGAAUUAUUACUGAAACAUGCUAUGUUAUACACACUCGGGGAAGAUGAAGUACCAACUGUAACCACACUCACUUCAUCAACAUUAAAAUUAGCGUCAGGGAAAAAUUAUCAACGUCACUUAACAGUAAGAAACAUAGAAAAUGACCCUCUAGUAGUACAGACUACACGUGAACAGAGAGCCUGUCGCUUCAACGACGAUAACCAGGGUGGUCUCUACCCUCACUACUCGUAUAGCACAUGCACCGUGCUGUGCAGAAAGAAACGGCAAGUGGAAAUUUGUGGAUGCAAUGACCAUUUUAUGAUUGGAGCUGAACAUUCAAAGCGCUGCAACAUCUCCGGUAUAUCAUGUCUGCACAACCACGCGAGCGACUUGACCACUCUCAAGCCACCUUGGAAUAAACGUCCGGGCCUGGCGUGCGACUGUCUGCCUUCUUGUGAUGAAACAGAGAUCACUGUUAUAAAAGACGUUGUUAGAGCUAAAGGUGGGCGGCCUAAAAAGAAGAAGGCUUACGUAGAGCUGAUACUCGCGUAUUUACCGACUGAAAGAUUCAAGAGGAAUGUCGUUAGAAGCCGUCUUGAUUUAGUUGUGUCCGUCGGAGGCACAGCUGGAUUAUUCGUGGGUGCAAGUCUACUAAGCUUCGUGGAAUUGAUUUUCUUCUUCACCGUUAGAUUAUUUGACAACAUUUAUUUAAAGAAACGCAAUCGUAACAAUAUUGUUCUUCUUAACGAUGUCACAAACGCGAAAAAGAAUCUUAUAUUAAAAAAGCUUUUUGCUUAUAAGAGGAAUAAAAAUCCGUCCGUCAUGAUACCUUUGGAAGAAUAAUUCAAGCAUAUUCACUGUAUAACAAAAAAAUCUAUCCUGGCAUGGAACUCAUGACUCGGAGAAGUGACAAUCAUGUAAUAAACAUGUGAUGCAUGUAUGUGUAAUGUGUGUAAACAUGAAUAAGUCAAAACAGAGACAUAUAUUGAGAACGGCUUUUGCGUGCAGUUAUAUCUGCAUUGUAGAGUUCUACACAACUUGACCUAUCACACUCUAUACGUCACACAUCCGAUCUCAGCACAUUUAGCGAUGAUUAUGAAGUCACGAGUCAUUAUCAGCAAGUUUAAUGCACUGUGCUAUGACCAGUAAACUCUAGAAGAGACCUAGUUCCCGACAGGAUACGUACAGUUAGAGUGGAUGCAACACGGUAUAACAUUGCCUUAUUAUUGUUUAAUGGAACUUAUGUUCGUAAUUCUGUAUGGAUCUUCCGCUUUUAAAAAGAUUUAGUGUUCAGAAACACGAUACAUAUUUCCCGACUUACAUGUGAUUUUCCUGUAAGCAUGCACGAUUUAUACAGAUUUAUCUUUGAUUUACAGAAUAAUGAAGUGUCAAAAGUUUGUUACUGUUUCGGAUACAUUAGGUGCCUAUUAUGUAAUUAACUCCUUCACCAUGGAAUUUUUAAGUGGCUAUUAUGGCCAAAUUAUAGCAAUUAACCUGCAUCUCUUUACAUGAGAUAUAAAUAUAAUAUUGAGUCAUAAGAUAACUUUCUAUCACGUUAUUUCGAAAGGUUUAUAAAUUAAAUAAUUAAGAAUGCUAAGUAUUUCACAAUUUAGCUCACAUUAAAAUUUGGAUGCACUGUUUUGAUAAUUUGAACAAUGGUCGUGUACAUU